UCCCCGGGAGGCCGCCCCGCCAUGCCGGGCUUCACCUGCUGCGUGCCGGGCUGCUACAACAACUCGCACCGCGACAAGGCGCUGCACUUCUACACCUUCCCCAAGGACGAGGAGCUGCGGCGGCUCUGGCUGAAGAACGUCUCCCGGGCGGGCGUCAGCGGCUGCUUCAGCACCUUCCAGCCCACCACGGGCCACCGCGUCUGCAGCGAGCACUUCCAGGGCGGCCGCAAGUCCUACCUGGUGCGGGUCCCCACCAUCUUCCCCCUGCGCGGCGUCAACGAGCGCAAGGCGCAGCGGGCCGCCCGCCGCCCCCGCCCCGCCGCCGCUGCCGCCACCGCCGCCGCCGCCGCCGCCUCUGCCGCGCAGGGUCCCCCCGGUGCCGCCGCCGCCACCGCCGAGGUCCCGGCAGGGGGCGCGGCCGAGGACGUGAAGCCCAUCGACCUGACGGUGCAGGUGGAGCUCGGGCCCGGGGCAACCGCGGGGCCCGGCCCCGGCAGGCUACCGGCGGCUGUGGGGGGGGAGGAGGUAGCGGUGGAGGGCGGCCCCCCGGACCACUCGUACUCGCUGUCGUCGGGCACCACGUCGGAGGAGCUGCUGAGGAAGCUGAACGAGCAGCGCGACAUCAUUGCGCUGCUGGAGGUGAAGAUGAAGGAGAUGAAGGGCAGCAUCCGUCGCCUGCGCCUGGCCGAGGCCCAGCUCCGUGAGGAGAUCCGUGAGAAGGACCGGCUGCUCCACGCUGCCAGCGCUGGCACCCGCAAGCGCCACGGCCUCUGAGGGCCGCUGGGGCCCGGCCCGGUGCGGGGCUCCCCACCCCAGAGCCUCCACCGCCCUCGGUGAGGUGCCUGGACAGAGCGGAGACAGGAUAGGCCCCAGCACCACGGCCACCCGACUCUCCCUGCCCGGUCCCUCCUGCCCCUGCCGCAGCAGCCCCCAGCCAUCACAUCCCCCUGCCCAGACGGGGCGGCCGCUGUUGGCUCAGCACUGAGCCCCGUUAUCCAUCCCACAUUACCCCAGAGCUAGCACUGUGGGCACCCGCCUGUCUACGCCAGGCCCAUUCGCACCUUCUCGGUGCCGGCGGCAGCAGAAAGCGCUUCUUUUAGUGUCGAUGGGACCCGUGUCACUACGAAGUGGCUGUAGGGUAUCAGUUUUCAGCAAAUACAUUCUGGCUGUGCGCCGAGUGAGGUAGCAGCAACACUACCCCCUGGAGAAGGCGUGUCUGAAAGCGUGGCUGGCACCGGACCCUUCACAGGAACGAACAAGGAUGUUGCGUUUGGCCUUGCAUAGCAGAGGCAUGAGGAAAGCUUUAGAAACCCUCUCAGGGUGAUGUGUUUCUUCAGUAAAUUACUGAUGCCAUAAAAGACUGCUGUUUCUAGCGUGAAAGAAUCCCCAGAUUAAAGAGUGCUCUUGUACUAUGUAGUUUUUUGCUUUCUCCGCAGUACAUAUGUAUUUGUUACAGGCAUCUCCAUGCUCUCAACCCUAGUAAGGAUUAUGACCUGGUACCCAGAACCCGGUGGCAUUUGACGGCCAUAGUUUAUCUUGUUGGCUUAAGAACUCCCUCUAAUGAAACAGAGGCUUUGUAACACGUCUGACUUUAAAUCCUCAGCUUUUGCUCAGAGAACCGGGAUGAAGCAGAAGCGCAGCGAGUUUAUCUGCAGUGGCUGCAAACCCUUGCUGUCUAAUCCUCAACUAGUGGGCAUGACGCAUAACCUGUACAUUAGGUGAGACCUUACUGAAACGUGCUUGCGUGUUCUAAACCCAGAUUUAAGAGUAUUGUAACAAACCUACGUGGAAUGCUUGUGUAGUUUCUGUUUCUAGCCAGCCAUUAGUCCAUUCGCUUUUCAGCAACAGGAAACCAAAUCGACGGUGGCUAGAAAGAUGGUGGAGCGAAGGCAGCAAGGCUGGCCUGAAUGUGUGCUUCCAGGGCAACCAGGGGAACAGAUACCUCAGCGCUGAGGAGGAGGAAGAGGCGAGUAUCUGGUGCUCCUGUGUAGCUCUGUGGCAAUGGGGGGUACGGCUUCGCUAGCCAUGGCUGUUGAAAACAAAAGGCAGUUCACCACAGUGUGCCCAUACCGACAUUCGAGGGAGGAACGCCCAGGCAUGUGCUGGGUGCGUGAGAGAUCGUUCUCCUGCAAGCAGAGUGCGUUACACUCGGUAGAUCGGGAUGUCAGUUUUACUAAAUUUUAUAGAAGUAUUUUCUAAAUGUAAAAAGUAUCGUUAGUUUGAGAAUAUUGUAAUCUUUGUAACAAUGGCUAAUGUAGCUUUACAACUGUCCGUUUCAAUACUCUGUAUGACCGAACAAAAGGGCGCAGUGGGAUUUGGCAGGGGGAGGUUUAUCUAUUGAUUAUGUAGCCUGUUCAGCUAAAGGCGUUGGCUGUCACAGCCUGCGGUGUGAUGCAUGGCUCGUUUUUCUGUUAACAUGUGUACCGAGUUGGAUGGCCAACUGUAAGGAUACUACAGGUCUCUUCAUGUACUAAGUAUUUCCCAUUAUUUCAUUUUAAUUUAUUUUCUCCAAUCUGAUAUGUAGCUCUUAACUUCAGCUUCGUGGUAUACCGAUUCUCCUGCGAGUCAAGUAAGCGGCGAGUUUGUUUGUUUGUUUGUUUGUUUGGGUUUUCUUUUUGUAAGGAAAGCAGAUACCUGCUCCACCAUCUGAUUUAACAUAUGGAAUUGGUCCAGCAGAUCUCUAUGCUCCCAUCAAGACAAUAGGCAGCACAACGUCUCCCCUUACAAACAAGACCAGUUGUGCGUCCUAGCUUCUCCAGAACGUGCGUGUCGUAACAGUCGUGGUAUUUUUUUCUACCAUUGGAAUGCACUUCAGGACGUUCAGCCAUUCGGCCUGCUGGACUGGUUAACUGCUGGACUCUUCCACUUCUCCAGGUUACACUGAGGUGCUAACAUGCUUAAUUUUAAUAAAGUAUAUUUUGUUUUGUUA